CAAAUAAUCCCUCUAUUUAUAAUAAGCUUAUAUAAGCAACACACAAUUUCACCACUGUAAUUGUAAUAACCUUAGCUUUCUCAAAAGAAAAAAGGGGGAAUAAAUAAAUAAAUAAAUAAAAGCAGUUUCAUCAAGCCCCUUUUUUCCAUUUCCAUGGCGAAUAACAACAAACAACCCUUGAUUGCCUCCGUCGUCGUCGCGGCGGUUCUGUGCCUCCUCCUCGGCGUCUCCGGCGAAGAUAGUCCCGCCGCCGCCGGCGGCCCAGCCGGAGCAGGAUCUAUUCUUGAUGCAGCUGCGGAUGUGGGGGGGAACGGAGGGCCGAUGGCGUGCAUGGGGAAACUGGGGCCGUGCGAGAAGUUCUUGUCGGACCCGUCGUCGGAGCCGUCGCCGGAGUGCUGCACGCCGAUGAAGGAAGUGGUGACGAAAGAGAAGGUGUGCCUGUGCACCUUGUUUAAGAACGCGGCGCUCUUGCAGUCCGUGAAUAUGACGCAGGAUAACGCCCUUGGCAUCGCCAAGAAGUGCGGCGCCGACGCCGAUCCAUCCAUAUGCAAAGAUGUCGCCAUUCCACCUUCGGCAAACCUGGCAGCCGAGUCACAGUCUUCUACUACUAACACUAAUACACCUAGCGAGUCUGGAGCGAUUAAUGGAAGGCAAUUGGCAUCUCCAUCUGCUGUAUUUCUGGUCCUCCUCUCUUUCCUGGGUUUAAUGUGAUGAGAGCUUCAUGAAUUGCUUGCAGGAUAUAUUAUAUAUGUAAUUAAUUAGCUUUACAUAAAUCAUCAAAAAAAAAUAAAAAUCGUACAGAUUAUAACGAAAUUAAUGUCCAAAUUCAUUGGUGCUCGCUCUACUUUCCUACUCCCCCUUUGAUUUUCCUACCAUUAUCAAUCAAUCUUUCAUUUCAACAUCAAA